UCUUCUUCUCAGUUCUCACUAAUUCUCCCUCUCACAAGAAAACUUCAAAGAUCUAUCUUGCGUUUUGUUCUCUCCAACAAAGUUCUUAAUAUAUUCUGAUAUAGAACAAAUUGUUCAGCUCACAAUUCAUAAGAAGAGUUGAUCAUUGGUGGGCUUUGGAGAGUUUGUAUAUAUUAUAUAUAUGUAUAUGUAUGAGGAGGGAAGGAACAAUAUCAGUAGUAAUCAAGAAGGAUUGAGAUUGGAGAUGGCCUUUCCACAACAUGGAUUCAUGUUUCAGCAACUCCAUGAAGACAAUGCUCAUCACUUACCUUCCCCUACUUCUCUCCCUUCUUGUCCUCCUCACCUCUUCUAUGGUGGAGGAGGAGGAGGGGGAAACUACAUGAUGAACAGAUCGAUGUCGUUCACGGGAGUAUCAGAUCAUCAUCAUAAUCUAACUCAGAAAAGCCCGACCACGACGAACAACAUGAAUGAUCAAGACCAGGUAGGCGAGGAAGACAAUCUAUCUGAUGAUGGGUCACAUAUGAUGUUAGGAGAGAAAAAGAAGAGGCUGAAUUUAGAGCAAGUUAGGGCAUUAGAGAAGAGCUUUGAGCUUGGGAACAAGCUGGAGCCUGAGAGGAAGAUGCAGCUUGCCAAGGCCUUGGGAUUGCAGCCUAGGCAGAUUGCGAUAUGGUUUCAGAACAGGAGAGCUAGGUGGAAGACAAAGCAGCUCGAGAGAGACUAUGAUUCUCUCAAGAAACAGUUCGAUGUUUUGAAAUCGGACAAUGAUUCUCUUCUUGCCCACAACAAGAAACUACAUGCUGAGUUAGUGGCAUUGAAGAAACACGACCGUAAAGAAUCGGCAAAGAUCAAGAGAGAAUUGGCAGAAGCUUCAUGGAGCAACAACGGAAGCACCGAAAAUAAUAAUACUUCAGAUAUAAAUCAUGUGAGCAUGAUCAAAGAUCUUUUCCCUUCAUCAAUCCGAACUGCGACCGCAACCACUACCUCGACCCAUAUCGAUCAGCAUAUGGUGCAAGAACAAGAUCAAGGGUUUUGCAAUAUGUUCAAUGGUAUUGAUGAAACGACGUCGGCUAGUUAUUGGGCAUGGCCUGACCAGCAGCAACAACAUCACAAUCAUCAUCAGUUCAAUUGAUCAUAUUGUCUACGAAACAACAUCAUACUCACCUUGAUAUCAUUAUUAUCAUCAAAAGAAAAUUUCGUAGAUUUUUUUUUUUUAAUUUGAGUAUUUUGAAAUUAUUUGGUACUGUUUAAAUUAAAUUGAAUUGGGUUAUUAUGUUUUUUUUUUCCCUUUGGGUUUGUAGAGAAUUGGUGUAUAGGGGAUACUCAACAAACUUGUAAUAUGAUUUUUCUUGUUACUUCAAUUGAAUGAAUAAAUUUUUAUUUCAUAUCAAA